GGGGAAACGGGUAAAGGAAAGGGAGCAGUAGUGUUGUAACAAUAAAAAACAAACCUUUCACCUUUAGUGUAGCUCUAAUAUAUAUAACACACAUGGAAGCUGAUUUUAUUGUAGAUUUCUAUUCAUAUUUUAAGUUGAAGUAUCUUGGCGAGGAUGGGGCGGUAGCUAUCUGUGCUCUCCAUAGGACCUUCUGCUACUUGGUUAAAAACAACUACCACCCCCGUAGAUGUGAUAUGAAACCGACGAGAAAACUUCAUUAGCACCCAUUAGUCUGUUACAUGACAUAUAAAACUGUAGAAAAUCUAAGGCUGACUUUGAAAAUUUUGAAGUUUAAAAUGGCUACUUAAGGUGCAUUAUCCCCACAAGAUCAAGAAAUAUAGAAAGCUCUUCUCACUUUUGAAACCAAGUUUAAUAGACAAGCAAUCACCAUUGGUUAUUAUCCGAUGUCUUUGACUGCACUUUAGUCUCCACUUACCCGAUCAUAUCCAUGGUUUUAAAUUGCGGUUGCGGUCGCGGUUGCGGUUGCGAUUGCGGUCAUUGCGGUUGCGGCUAAUGCGGCCGCUGCGAUGCGUAUUGCGGCCGCUGCGGCGUGAAUUAUUUUCAAGUUCGCACCAGAAAGAAUGAUGGACAGGCGGAGGCGUUGCGGUCUGUUGCGGCACGUCGUGGUCGAUUGUGGCCUAUUGCGGGAUGUUGCGGCACCGUCACGGUUACGUUGCGGUUUCGUCGCGGUUACGUUGCGGUUUCGUCGCGGUUACGUUGCGGUUUUGGCCGUGAUUCCAAAUCAUAAGGGUGUUGCGGGCUAAUGCGGUUGCGGUGCCCUCGGCAACCGCAAUUGCGGUUGCGGUCCGCAAUUUGAAACCAUGAUCAUAUCAUAGAAAUAACGGUAAUAUAUUGAUCUUAUUAAAAGAGAAUGCCUCAUUACAUGUGCGCUGUUUAAUCACAUUAAAAGUCGUAGAUGGGAAAUUGGACAAUUUUGUGUGUGUUUAUGAUUGAUUUUGAUUUUAAGUUUUCAGACUUUUUUCCUUGCAAUGGAGCCAAAGAUUCAUUAUUUUUUGGCUUGAGAAUAUGAUGGAAUAAAGCAAAAUGUCUCACUAAACUGUCUGCGCUUCUUUGUUAUGAAGCAGCCGUCAGUCCAUGCAAUUUUGAACGCGAUUUUCACUAUGGGUCAUCCACAAACAGUCUCUCUGUGCUUUAGUACAGGGGUACGACUGCGUACAUCCGACCCCCCCUUACCCCACCAUAGGUGGGAGCCUUUGCGGCACUGGGGUAAAUGAAAAUGAAAAUGAAAAUGAAAAUGAAAGACUUUUUUCCUUGUGGGGUAGCAAUAGCAUUCAGAGAUUCAGUAGAUUAUGUUAUCAAGCCCAAUGAUUCAGUAAACUUCACCAACUUUUCUUUGGAUUACAUUCAAAGAGAAGACAGGACCUCCCAAAGUGGUGUUUUUUAUCUGGGUUUCGGAGGACACCAGAUACUUGAAGAAAGGGAGAAAUCAUUUCUUGCCAUCAAUAAAACAAUUCAUUGUGGUUUUGAUAAAAGUAGUGAAGGAGCACUGAAUUUGAUUUGGAUGAGGACAAGAGAUACAUGAAUGCAUGCAAAGUUUUUCUAUCAUCGUGCAUGAAUGCAUGAAUGCCAACCAGUAAACUGGUUAUCUCAUUGCUCGAUCAUCAUGAGACAAGGUGGCAAUGCUUCACAAGACCCAUCUAAAGGCCCAACUUCAUGUGGAAAACGUUGCUCUCCACAAAAUGGGGAAAAAAUGCAUGUGCAAUUGUGUAGAGAUAGUUUGGCAAUCGUGUAAAACGGCAAGUACUAUUUGGCGUGUACGAUUAACAUUUCUCAAUAAACAAAGGCAUAUUGAAUUAGAUGUUUGAGUUCUCACUGUUAUAAAAUUGACAGUAUUAGGGUUGGUUUGCAAAUGCUUUAAAAAGCACUUCUCAGCUUUUUGCUCAAAAAAACACUUAUUUUACCAAACACUACCAACUUUUAUUUUUCUCGGCUUUUGUGUUAAAAGUGUUUUUACUUUUUCUAUUACACAAAAAGCACUUAUUUUACUAAACACUACCAACUUUUACUUUUCAAAAUUAUUUUUUUCUUUUGACGAUAAAAAAAAAUCAUUUUUUUCUCAAACACUAUCAACUUUUAUUUAAUCACUUCUCCCCAUUUCAUUAAAAAAAUGAUUUUUUAAAGCAGAAGUUAUUGCAAACAGACCCUUAGUUAAUCCACGUGAAGGAAAGACUUAACUUCAUAAUAUUUUUAAGUCGAUAUGUAUAUAGAAUCAUUGAAGUCAUUGAUCCAAGAAAUGCAUUUUUGCGUGUGAUAUUUAACAGUAAUAUUACAUGUCAAUGACUAUUUAAUAUCUAUAUUGUAAGUGUAUCAAAUAGAAAUAACUAACAAAUUUAAUGAUAGGGAAAAAGUACAAAUAUACCCCUGUAGUAUGGGUGUAGGAACAAAUAUACCCUUGUUCUAUUUUUCGGAACAAAUAUGCACCUGAACUUUUAAAAAGGUGCAAAAUUAUCCAUCAUGUUCUUAUAAAGGGGCAACUUAAUCCUUAUUGACUUUAAAUUAAUAAAAUAAAUUUUAAAAAACACCAAAUAUAAAUUAUAAAUUCGAAAUUUAAAAACAAAAAAAUUGUAAUAUGUAAUAGUGUCCAAUUCUCCCUUUUAUAGUUUUUAUAUCACAAUUUAAUAUUGUUUAAGUACGAAAUAUUAUUUCAAAAUUUUACUAUAUGUUUAAAAUUCUUUCGAAAAGGUGCUAACAUAUGUUUUACUAUAUGUUUAUGAAUCCCUGACAUUAAUUGAGGGUUUUUUACCUGACAGGCAGUUUGUUGGGUAGCCCAGAUCGGCAAGUUGAAACGUAGCAGACAUCUGCAACGAGUUUUCGAAUAAUCGAGUGCACCCCAAAGGCACAAAAUGGAAGACGAUAACAGUCAAGGAGAAAUUGAACUUUUGGCCCAUGCCUAUGGAAGGAUGGAGAUGAAAGAAGAGGAUGAAGUUUUACUGGUGGAAGCCACGAACUCGGGCACAACGGGUGCAAAUCUUUCACUGAUCGGAACCAUAACCUCGAAAAAAUCGGGAGGGAAUCGAACGAUGGCUUUGAACUAUAGUGUGUUUACUCUGUGUUUACCUUUAUCAUUCACAACAGUUUUAUUUCUUUCCUUUCAAUUUUAUCAAGUACUCUGUGUUUACCUUUAUCGUUGACAAUGGUGGUAGGGUUGUUUUUUGGUGUAUUUUACCGUAUAGUUUUCUGUUGGGAGGUAAUCAGGCCGUUUUGGCUGUUAGUAGCAUCGAAGCUCUCACAUGUUCAGCGAUUAAUUUCGCUCUUUUUGGGGUGGGCAAUUAUAUGUCCGGUCAGGGAGUGAGGGGGCUAGUGUGGAGGACUUUUAGAAGUUUAGAGAGGGAAUAUGGAUUUUUUAUGAUGUUGGAUGGAUGGUUUUUUCAAUAUUAACAUAAGUUUUCUUUUGCCAAAAA